AUGAUGAAUAAUACACUUACAAUGAAUUCUGAAAUGGAUAAUAAAACUACCUGUCAACAAUAUUUUAAUUUAAAUGAAACAACAUAUAUACCUGAUAUAUAUGAAUUUAAACAACAACCUAUAUUAGUUUUAACGGAUCAACGACAAUUACAAACUAUAACAUCAUUGUCAAAUUCUACACUUCAAAUAACUCAAUCAUCACAGAUUUCUGUAGAAGAUCAAGAACAUCAAAUCUCUUCACGUGUAUCUGACCUAGAAUCAGUAAAUUUAGAUAAUAAUUUCCAUAGAAAUUAUAAUAAAAUCAAUAAUAUUACAAAAUUAUCAUUAAUACCUAUACUUCCAAAUAAUUCAGUAAAUAAUACAAAAAACUUAUGGUUACUUCAACAAUCUUCUGAUAAUUCAGUAAUAAAUUCUAAUAUAAAACGUCAUUUUAAACGUCGUGCAGCAAAUCAUCAUUAUAAUCAACGUCCUAUUUGUUAUUCACAAAAUAUAAAAUCUAAUAUUAAGAAUAAAUUUGGAUAUAAUUCAUUUAGUGCUCCAUCUUCACUUAUAUCUAGUGCAUUAGCUACUACAUAUUCAGAAUUAAAAAAUGAAAAGACUAAAGAGAAUGAACAAAUGAAUUAUGAGCAAUUACAAUUAUUAUUACCUACAUUAUCAACAGUAAAUUUGACGAAUGAUAAUGUUGAUCAUGAUGAUCAUGAAAAUUGUUUAAAUCGUAAAUUUCUAAAUGAUUUUGAUAUUAAUUCAAAUGAAAAUAGUAUUGUAGUAACUGAACCAGUACAAAUUACUGAUCGAUCAUUUUCAAAUCAAUCGAUUACAAAUGAUUAUAAAGUUAAUUUGUUAACAUCUAGUGAAUGUCUUUCUUCUUCUUUAGAAAAUCAAAAAUUAGAUGAUUUACAACAUAAUACUAUUCUUUAUAAUAGUAGUUAUAUUAAUUUAGAUAAUGGUAAUUUUCCAAUUCGUUCACAUUCAUUUUUUCACUUACGCCAAUUAGAUUCCCUUAGUUCAAAUGGAUCUCAUUCUAAACCUGAUACAGAUAUAUUAUAUCCUAUGAAUGGUUCGUUCAAUCAAUUAGCUAUUCGUGUUUCCUCAUCACCUAUGUCAAUUUGUAGUAAUAAUACCUUUUAUCAACAGAAUAAUUGUUCAGAAGAUCAAUAUAAUAAAACCACUUUUAAUGGUAACAAUUAUGGCGGUAGUAGUAUCAAAAGCAGACGGAGUAAAUGCGAGAAAUAUAUCAGUCCGGACAAGCACACUUGCAUUAGAUCAUAUUCAGCUAUGAGACAUCCAAACGAAUGUAAUAUACGUGUAUUUCGUUCACCUCUCGAUGUCCUUUCACCGUGUAAAGGAAAACUUCGAUUGGAUAUAGAAUAUCAAAAUCAUUCAAUUAAAUUACACGUAAUUGAAGCCAAAGGACUUCGUACUACUACCAGUCAGAACUGCAACUCUUUCGUGAAAAUAAGUGCAUCUCCAGACAAAGGAGUUACAUUUGAACAAACUACUGAAAUAGUCGAAAAUUCAGCAACACCAUGUUAUAAUAAAGAAUUUUUGUUAAAUUUAAACAAAAUAAAAUAUUGUAAAAGAAUUCAUCUUGCAAUCUAUGCUCAAUCAACUAAAGAGUUAGACUGUGAAUUUCUUGGUGGAAUGUCUUUUGGAAUUCCUAGUAUACAAAACAAGAAACACAUCUCAGGUUGGUAUUAUUUAUUAGACGAAAAAAUGUUUAAAAAGAAGCACCUCAAAACUGCUUUAGAUCCUAUCACCAACUUUGAAAAUGUUUUAUGUGCAACAAAUGAAUUAAUCGUAUCAGAUAUAAUGAAAACCGAAGCUGUCACUGAUGCUGUGACAACAAACACAUCAACAACAAAUCAACAAAUUCCUAUUAUUCUAACAUCGAUUAAUGAACAUGUCACACGUCCAAGUACAAAUGAAAUUCAUCCUAAUAUAAAUCGUAAUUUCGCUAGUAAUAAUCACAAUAUAAAUAAUCAUUGUUCCAGGGAAUUUCGUCCAGUAUUGUCACCUACUAACUUUAUGAUUUAUUCACAAAAUCUGCCUAAUACAUUGUUACCAUAUCAAAUUAGUAACCCACCAGUUAAUUCACAUUUUCCACAAUUUUCAUCACCAGUUCCUAUACGAGCAAAUAUGUCAAUUCCAAAUACGAAUAAAGCUUUAAGUAAUAUGAGAAUAUUUCAAUUUCUUAUUCAAAAAGGUUCUAAGGGAUACGGAUUUACUUUAUGUGGUAAUUGUCCAGUUUACGUUAGCCAUGUGGAACCGGGUUCACCGGCAAUGCAGUGUGGAAUACAAGCUGGUGAUUUUAUAGUUGCAAUUGAUAACAUAAAUGUAUCACGAUCUACAAGUAAUAGUGUUGUUCGCAUGUUCAGAAUGUCUCAGCAUCCUGUUCACAUUACUAUUUCACGUCCUGUCCUGAUAAAACCUAGUGUGUCAACUACCAGUAAUGCACAUUCAACUAGUAGUAGAUCCCUUGGAAAUUUAAUUAAUAAAACAUGUUUUUCUGCACAUAAAAAGUUAUCAAAGGAAUCAACAAAAUUGAUUCAACCAACAAAUAUUUCAAAAGUGAGUCAUACAGAGUUUUUUUCAUCUUUACCAUACCAUCAACAUCCUUAUGAUAUAUCUUCACUACCAUCAUCUUCAUUCAUAACAGUUCCAUUAACUUCAUCUUCAUUUAUUGACUAUUUGAAACUUUCCAGUUAUCUUAAUUCAUCGAAUUUACACCACAAUUCCAGUUCAACAAUUUGUUCAUCUAUAAACCACUGUAUAAUACCGAAAUUCUCUAUUCCUCAAUCUAUUUCUUUACAUCAAACAAUGAAUGAACAAUUGGCUAGAAUACAUCAAGAUAAUUCUCAAAUAGCUGCUAUUCUAUCCCCUAAUCAAAAUAUUCCUCAUCAUAAUCAGGAACAACAACAACAACAACAAAUAAAUGAUGCAGACGAUAUCGCUUUAGUUAGAAUACCAUAUAACGAAAAUUAUACAAAAUCUAACAAAGUAAGUUCUAAUUUUUCUUUUUUUUCUGCACAAGACACUGAUUUGUUGUUCAACUUUUGAAUAAUCAGUCUUUUAUAAAUACAACCAUUGCUCUUUUACUUAAUUAUUGAAUUGAGUAAAAUGCUUACUUAAAUGGAACUCUAUUAUAUAAUUUAAGUCCAACUGGUUGAAUUUCCAUGGUUCAUCAGGACGUUUGGUACCUGUGUGGUCGCGCCAUAGGAUUGAGCUGUACUAUACAGAUUGUAGAGUUAAAGCCUAUACGGUGUCUGGUUCUCUUGUGAAGCGGGAUUGAACUGUACUGUUCGUGUUAAGCCUGGGCGGUGUCUCGCUCUCCUGUUAAACGGGAGUGAGCUGAUCUGUUUGGGUUGUCACGUGAACGUCUGGAUGGUGUCUAGUUCUCCCAAAAACCAAUGUAAAAUUACCCUGGCCUACAAGGGUAUAUUAUAUAACUGAUUAAAUUUCUAAGUGGGUAAUUCAAAAAAUUAUUCCUGAAAGCUAAAUGGUACAAUCUUUGAUUGUGAAAUCAGAUAACCUGGUUUAAAUCCAAUGAGUAGAGUAAAUUACGUCAUGAUUACAGGUCAUGCUUUGCUGAAGUGAUGUCACCUAGUUUAAAACAUAAUUUUAAAGCUUCCUACUGAUUCCUUCGAACAGCCUGACAUUUCUGAUUGUAUCGUUAUUAAUCUAACAUUAAUCUAACAUCUAACAUUUAAAUAAGUUAAUAUUAGAGUAAGCUUAUAAUACGAAAUCCGAAAAAAUUAGUAUCACGUUGACUAAAAUGAAAUAAACGGAACUCUGAUAAAAUCUGUAAUGGCUUUGCUUCGUUAAUCGAUCACUUCGAUAACCGUCAUAAUAUAAAUCUCAACGGUAUUUGAAAUUAGAAGGCAAUGAGAAGCGGCAACUACAGUUUAUUAGCGGAUAGCGCACAUCACAAAGCUAUAAGCACAUCAAGCGAAUUUGAAGCAGUGAGGUGAAUAUGUGUGUGCGAACGAAUACAUAAGCAAAUUUAUAGUCGAAUUGCAUAAAGGCACAACAACGCAAAGCAGAAGCUAAUAAUAGGAUUUGAGUACAUAUAUACAUGGGGAAGAGGAUGAACCAUGAAGUGAUAUUUAAGAAAUCAACAUUUUAGCCCGAGUCUGUCAUGUGAUCUAGUGGUCAUAACGGUACAACGAAAUAUGCGAAUUGUUACUGUUGAAAUAACAUUGUCUAUUAAGUUAGUUAAUAAAAAAAGGCUUAACUAAGAUUAACCAUACUCGAAAUUGGUUGUAGGAUAGUUGCUAUAAGUCUUUUAACACACAGAACUAAGCAACUUCAUUCAUUCAAUAAACCUACUUGUAAUUAUUUUCGAGUAAACUGAUUUUAACACGACAUAUUUUUUAUGCUCUUCGUUAAGCGUGCAAGACUGUAGUAAGCAAUACUUGGAGACGUUGGACGACGUAGUUCAGAUUUUGUCAUAAUGGUUGGGAUCCAUUCACUAUUUGUCAUCCCUCGGAUCUUUCGUUUUAAAAUUACGGUAUUUUUUUAUCCAGUAGAUUCAUUCUUUUUUCUUGAAUCAAGUAUUUUUUUUAAUAAGAAAUCUUGUUUACUACUAUUGGUAAUGUUACUAUUUCCCCUACCUUGACAUUUGGCUUGACCAACACAUCUCACUGUUGUGUUGUGACUUGUCAACCUUAACAGAUGGACAAUUGUGCCAGAUUUCAUGAUGCUUGUGGAUGACCAACUGAUUAUAUUAGCUUAUCAUAAAUGGACACAAUGAACUGUUUUCGCAUUGGCUGUGACUGAUAUAUGGAUUUGCAGUAACCGUAUGAACUCAAUUCCACUACCGACCAUCUACAACUUCUUACGAGUGGACUUUAUGUAUAGAAAAUAACAUAAUUUGUGAAAGCGAAAUGAUUUUAUCGAAAGAGGGAUUCCAAGAAUUAUUAAAUAACCGUUACAGAUCCCACAAAAGUUUUUUUUAAAAAACACUAAACAGAUGUAAUUUCAACUUAUUUGUAUAUAUUGAUUUGCAACCUGUAUUAUAAUUUCGGUUUUUCGUGUGUGGCAUUCACUAGUACUAUUCAGGUAAACUGAACUUAUAUUUACGUUGAAGAGUGCUUUGAUGAUUAACCUGUGAAAGCGCUUCUUAUGAUGUUUUAUUCAUUUAUUUAUAUAAACAAAUAAACAGUGGUACAAGAAGGCACCAAAUAGUUAUGCGUCACAUAAAUCAUUCGAUUUUUAUGAGGGCUGAGAUACUGCCCGGGUGCGAACCGAAACAAGCGGUUUUCUUAGGGAGCCACAUCCCGAGCCCUUGACCUAAAAGUUUAAACUACAAGACACUGGAGCAACGUAAGGAGAUGCCGUCCCAUAAUAGCCAGUGACCAACGAUUGGUUCAUACGCCAUUUGUUCACUCAGGAUCCUGAAGCCCAUGGGCACCAUUGGUUUGAAUGAGGGUUUUCCAACUCCUCUAGGGAAAAGCAAGAUUCUCCCAUACAACACAUCAUGCACCAAUCAAAUCACACUUGACGGAGAAGCUUUGGAAGAUGUAAACACCUUUACAUAUCUAGGCAUCAUUGAUGAACACGGUGGAUCUUAUGCAGACGUGAAGGUGUGGAUCAGCAAAGUAAGAGCAGCAUGUUCACGACUGACGAACAUCUGGAACUCAAAACAACUGUCUGUUAACCAACACCAAGAUCAGGAUUUUCAAUACAAAUGUCAACACAGUUCUACUGUAUGGGGCGGGGAUUCGGAGAACUACGAAAGCCAUCAUCCAGAAGAUACAAGUGUUUAUUAACAGUUAUCUUCGCAAAAUACUUCGGAUCGGUUGGCCAAACACUAUCGGCAACAACCUAUUGUGGGAGAGAACAAACCAGAUCCCAGUGGAGAAAGAAAUCAGGAAGAAGCGCUGGAGGUGGAUAGGACACACAUUGAGGAAUGCACCCAACUGCGUCACAAGACAAGCCCUCACAUGGAAUCCUCAAGGCCAAGGGAAAAGAGCAAGAGAAAUGGGGACAGACAUGAGAAAAAUGAACAAGAAUUGGCUAGAACUGGAAAGGAAGGCCCAGGACAAAGUCGGUCGGAGAUUGCUGGUCAGCGGCCUAUGCUCCAUUGGGAGUAACAGGCGUAAGUAAGUAAGUAAGUAAUUCAAUACAAGAAUAUGUAGUCAAUUUAGCAUCAAACUUAUGUUAAUAAUGAUAAAAAUGAAUUUCAUCAAUUAUUUCCCCUUUUUUCCAAUGAAAAAUUCACUAAUCAUACCAG